AAAUACAGUAAUGACUUGCAGUUUAUGUUUUGCAAACAUAGUGUUUAUGUUUAUAUUGUAUUGCAUUGUAUUGUAAAGCAUUGUAUUAUUGUUGUGACUCAGCAUUUGACACAUUGUUUUGCAUAUCAUUUUAGACCACAAUUUAUGUGACUAUUGUUUGUAUGAUUCAAACGACGCUAACGAUGACUAAGCGAAACAUUAGACGAAAGCAGCCAUUGGUGGCCAACAAGACAUACGACAACAACAACAUCAACAACACAUCCAACACGAGAGCCAACAAAAGGACAAUCAGUCGGACAGUUGCUAACACUCGACGAAAGACCAGAUCAUCCAUCAAAAGUGUGACAGACUUUGUCGACUCGGGUCUUGACUUAGACACCAGUGAUAGUGAGUUAGUGGCCAUUGCCCGCAGUGUUGACAUCGAGUGCAACAAAAGUGAUACAAACGACAGCAUGGAAUCAAACACAUCGUCCGGUGGCCGACACGGACUCACCGACGAUCUGUUGGUCACAUUGUCUGUGCGUGAACUCAAUCGACGUCUUAAGAUGUCUGGUCUGUCGCGAGCGGAUGUCAUCAAAAUGAAACAAAGGCGCCGAACACUCAAGAACAGGGGUUACGCCGCCCAGUGUCGCAACAAACGACUCGAACAAAAAGGUGAUCUCGAGACCGACAAAGUGGUAGUCGUGUCUGACAUCCGACACCUGAGUGAUGUCAACAACAAGAUUAGAGAAGAGGUGAUAGACUUGAAGCAAAAGUUUGACGCAAUCGUUGAGUUCGCUAACAAUAAUGGCAUUGAAUUACCGCCCGAUUUACAAGAGUUUGUUGAUUGUCAACAUCUGAUGCAAUCAUAGACUCUUUUGCCAAUCAUUUUACCAUAAAAUUCAUCAAUUGUUAUCUUAUUUAAUAUUGAAAACACUUUGUUACUAAUUUAAUAAUUAACUUUGUAUUUGUUUAAUUAAAUUAUAAUAUUAUAUAAUAAUG